AUGUCUCUGCCGCAAACGCUGGUGCAGCAGCGGGCGGUGGCGCUGGGCACUUUGCUGGGAGUUGAUGCGGCCGCUGAAAGCAUGCCACACAGUGCAAGUGGAUCAGUAUUGUCGACAGAUGACGGUGACUUUGACUUUUUCGAUGCAGAUGAUAUGGUUGAUGGAGUGGAGUACGAGAUGAGUGGCGACGAUGACGAAGAUGACGACGAUGAAACAGAUGAGGCGAUGGUCGAUGUAGACAACAACGACGACAAAGAAAAUGAGGGUGCGCUAGCUAGUCAACGAGCCAUUGAGCGGCCACCUUUCUCUGUGCCAAUGACGACUCUGACCGGUCCGCGAAGCAACGUCACGUACCGGAAGACAUUGCCAGCUCCCGUAACAGGGGAGGAUGUAUCAUUGUUUUCGAUUCUGAAAAAGAAUGUUGGUAAAGACCUGACGGCUAUCUCGUUCCCCGUGACGUUCAAUGCACCCUUGUCAAUUCUCCAGGCGGUCGCUGAGGAGUAUGAAUACGCCCCGGCUAUUCUGGAGCGAGCGGCGAAAUCGGCGGACCCUAUCGAGCGGAUCUGUUUGGUCGGUGCUUUUGCUGUGAGUAGCUAUGCAUCCACGGCCCAGCGAUCGACCCGUAAGCCGUUCAACCCACUUCUGGGAGAGACGUUCGAGUGCGUACGUGCUGACCGCAAACUCAAUUUUAUUGCUGAAAAAGUGGUGCACCGGCCACCAGUUACAGCGUCGUAUGCAUACGGGGCAGGCUGGAGAACCACAGCUGCGGGCACAGUGAAGAAUAAGUUUUGGGGGAAGUCGCUAGAGCUCAUUGCUGAGGGUACCGAGGUUGUGGAACUGGACACAGGCGAUAAAUAUAACAUUGUGAAGCCAAGUUCGUUUAUGCGCAACUUGCUCGCCGGCACUAAGUACCUCGAGCACGUUGGUGAGAUGACGAUUACCAAUAUUAAAACGGAUGAGCAUCUGGUAAUUCAGUUCAAGGAAGGUUCUAUGUUUGGUGGCGCUGCCAACCGAAACCAUAUUGAGGGCACGGUAUAUGAUGCGAACCAAGCGAAGGUUGGAUUUAUAAAAGGACGGUGGGAUGAAAGCGUGGCCCGAAUCACAGUGAAAGGAAAGAGCGAGCCAUUGUGGGAAGCAGAAAAAAUGCCACACAAUGCGUCCGACUACUAUGGAUUCACAUACUUUGCCAUGUCGCUCAAUGAGAUUACAGAUGAUAUACGCCAUGUACUUCCACCUACAGACUCUCGAUUCCGACCUGACCAGCGCGCCUUAGAAGAUGGCGAUGCUGAUGCCGCAGAAGAACUGAAAUUAAAGUUGGAGAAUGAGCAACGCAUUCGUCGUAAAGUGUUGGAAGAGACUGGCGAAAAGCACCAACCGCAGUGGUUCCACCUGGGCGAGAACGGUGUCGAUUGGGAAUACGGCGGCCCGGAUGGACGCGACUACUUUGAGGAACGCGAUAAAAUUGAAAAGACGGGGGGCGAAUGGAGAAUCGCCAUGUCCGACAUAUUUAAUACAUAG